GGGCGUCCCUGGUUGGUUUCCAUGGCUUGCCUUGCCGUAAAGUGAGGGAAAAUGUCUGAUUCCUGUCAGUGUUUCUAUUCUUGAUCCCGAACCAGGCGUUGUUCCGAUAUAUCUCAAGAAGCAUGGCUAUUACAGCUAUAUACCUAGUUAAAAACCACGCUGGGAUGUGCGGUGCUUCAUCCAAGGGACUUUAACACGGGUGUCCACCCUCCCUAUCAGAGCCAUGUCACUGGGCAGCAGGGGAAGCAGUAGCAGCAGCGGAGGUAGAGGUGUCCACCUCCCAGUGGAGGUGUGGCGAGUGGUCCUGGCCUACCUCCCCCUCCCAGAGCUGGGCCGUUGCAGCCUGGUGUGCAGGGCCUGGAGAGAGCUGAUCCUCUCCCUGGAUAACACCCGUUGGAGACAGCUCUGCCUGGGCCUGCCCGAGUGUCCUCGACACCCCAACUGGCCCAGUCGGCCCCACCUGGAGCCCUCAUCCUGGAGAGAAGCCCUGAGGCAGCACGCCAUCGCCAGCCGUACCUGGUCCCGUCACGCCCACCCUGAGCUCCAGCCCUCCGCCUGCCUCCACCUGUUCCGUCGGAGGAAGGAGAGGAGGGUGUGGCAGGUGGGGUCGGGGCUGGAGCUGGAGACGCUGAGGGGGGCGUUGGGGGUCGCUGGCUCGUACGACCGGGUGGUGCUGCACCCCGGGGUGUAUGAGGAGCAGGCAGAGUUGGUGCUGAAGGUGCCUGUGGAGGUGGUGGGGUUAGGGAGGCUGGGGGACGUGGCUCUCCUGGUCAGUCUGGAGCAGCAGUGUCCCACAGCCAGGCUGUCCAACCUGGUCUUCAUGCCUGCAUGGUUCUCCACCGUUGUAUACAAGACGUCGUCAGGUCACGUCCAGUUGGACAACUGUAAUUUCGAGGGAGCUCAGCUGCAGAUCCAAGGGCCAGGAACUUGCCACGCUCGUUUCUGCUCAUUCUCACAGGGAAGCUCCACCCACUUCCUGGGCGUGGCCCUCAGCCUGUUGGAUAGCUGUGAUUUCUCAGGAAGUGAUUCGGCGUCCGUGACGGUUGAGGGCGCUCCAGUGAUUGAGCGGAACUGGGCCUGUAAACACUUGGCCUCUCUGGCCCGAGUCACCACAUCCUGGACCUCGCCUGGGAGCGGUAGCCCAGCUGGGGACACCUUGGGCGGGCAUUCAGGAGCCACACAGCCCCCUGGGGCUACCGUCACCCUGGAGGACUGGAGCAAAGGAGAAACAGAGAGCAGGAGGAGAGGAGGAGGAGGAGGAGGGGAGGAAGGAGUGUGUCAGGAGACGGUGAUUGAGGACGGCUGGAGCGACAGCGCUCUUAGUGACGAGGAAGAGGAGGAGGAGGAGGAAAAAGGAGAGGAAGGUUCAGGACAAGGCAACAACAGUCUAAACUACAGACUGGCCCACAGUCACCACGGCCUCUCUCAUCUCCUCAGACCCAACCAGGACGACUUCCCCUCGCUGACCCCUGAAGUCCGAACCCUGACCGAGGAGCUACAACGCGACCCCGGGGCCCAGGCGCUGAUCGAGACAGUGCAGGGGUGCGUGCUGAGGCGCUGCCUGUUUCGGGACGGCAAGGGCGGCGUGCACGUGUGUAACCACGGAAACGCCAGGUUGGAAGGAAACGUGUUCCGGGGACUGACCUAUGCCGUGCGCUGCAUCCAGAACGCCACGAUUGUGAUGCUCCGUAAUGAGGUGUGUGAGUGUCGUGCGUCGGGCGUUUUCCUGCGUCUGUCGUCUCAGGGUCUGAUCGCUGACAACAACAUCCACUCCAACGGGGAGGCGGGGCUUGACAUCCGCAAGGGGGCGGACCCCAUCAUCCUGUGUAACAGAAUACACAGCGGUUUGCGGUCCGGCAUCGUGGUCCUUGGCAACGGGAGGGGUUCCAUCCGGAGCAACCAGAUCUACAACAACAAGGAAGCAGGAGUUUAUAUUCUGUUCAACGGGAACCCUGUGGUCAGUGGUAACCAUAUCUUCCAGGGUCAGGCAGCAGGGAUUGCUGUGAAUGAGAACGGCAGAGGGGUGAUAGUCGAGAAUGUGAUCCGGGAGAACCAGUGGGGGGGUGCAGACAUCAGGCGGGGGGGCGACCCGGUCCUGAGGAACAACUACAUCUGUCAUGGCUACUCUGACGGGGUGGUAGUGGGGGAGAGAGGCCGUGGACUCAUAGAGGGAAACCACAUCUACAGCAACAAGGGCUGCGGUGUGUGGUUGAUGUCCUCCAGCCUCCCUCAGCUGCUGGGAAACUACAUUACCCAUAACCGCAUGUACGGGCUGGCCGUGUUCUGCCGGAAGGACCCUGACGGGGGCGGGACCAGGGAAGUGGGGCAGGAGGGAGGAGGAAGAGGAGGUGGACAGGAUAACUUCCAUGAGGAAGGAGAGCUGCUGGCGUGGGAAGGUGACCUCGACAGCGAGGACGAACGUCUCUCCGCUCGGCGAUCCAUCAGCACGGCUCUGGUGGAGGGAAACCGCAUUAGCCGCAAUGGAGCGGUUGGUUUAUACGUGAAGAGCAGUGAACCGCUGAACGUCGUUGCUAACCUAGUGAACGGUAACCGUGGCGCCGGUGUUGCCGUGCUACAGAGUGGUCAGCUGACUCGACUAGUUGCUAACUGCGUCCAUGGAAACGGUCGCGGUGGCGUCACAGUGGAGAGGGAGUGUCGGGUGGAACUCCGCGGCAACGGUGUGUAUGACAACGGCGGCCAUGGCGUUAGUUUCCGGGGCGAUGGACAGGUGGUGGAGAACGACGUGGUGGGUAACCGUGGUUACGGGAUACGGUUGUCGGACAGCGCCGACGUCAAGGUGUUGCGUAAUCGAGUCCAGCCGGUGCAGGGGUGUGGCAUCGCCGUGCUGGGGCCGGCAAAGGCCGUCGUCCACGACAACCUGGUGUUCCAGGGUCACCCCGGCAACGUCAAACCCCCGCUACACCGCGACCCCGGCAACGUCGGCAGCGCGCUGCGCAACAACAGCGUGCUGAAACAUAGCAACAGGACGUGUUCCUCUGCCCCUCCCUGGGUUUUGGAGAACCCUCACCCCCGCCCCCUUUCUGACCGCCCCUCAUCCCUCCCCCCCUCCUCCUCCUGUCACCCCUCCCACUUUGCCAUCUCCAUGACUACCAGGAUCACCGCCACCGUCGAGAGCGGUUGCCAUAACAACGGCAGCGUCUUCUGCACCAUCCUCUGAGGCCCUAGCAACCUCGCCCUGAAGACGGAUUGGAUGACCUCCUCACCAGGGGUCAAGAGUUCAACCUCUCCUGUCUCGAGACAUUCUGUUUUCUUAGAACAUUUCCUCUGACAUGUUGAUCUAGGAACACUUGAACUCAGCAGAUGUUGUGGAAUGGCUGCCUGUCCUGGGGGUUAUAGAACGUUGUCCUCC